UCCCAAAACUUAUUGUACAUUCUGUACCCUUAAACUCCCGUUAAGGAGACGUAUUUUACAGACACUGGUCUAUGCGAUGGAGUGAUAUUGGUCUAUGUUGUGGUUGACUUGUUGUUUGUGUUCGUGUUCUUGCCCCAAUCGUACUCGUGCUCUUGUAUUAUUUUGUUUGUUACGUGAUUCUGUCUAGUCUUCGUGCUCAACCUCCGAAUCUUCCCCCAAUUGAGUGCCUCGACAUGGAGGAGCAGAGCAGGUGCAGCAGAUUCAGUUUCGCCUGCGUGGCGUGCCGCAGAUUUCUCCACGGCGUCGUCACGGCGUGUUCUGGGGCUGAUAUUGCAGAUGGUUCACAGAUUUCUGAGCCUCCACUACUCAACCGACCCCAAGGGCAUGCAGUUCUUCGUCGGAAGUUCAGCAGGCGGUGGCAUGGGUGACCCCGUUUGCAAUUUUAUUUCCACCAUGCCUUGGAAAUUUAGGGCCUUUGUUAAUUGCUGUGUGUGGCAAAGGCGUUGCCGAAUCAUCCAGCGCUCAGGACAAGACUCCACCAAAUCAUCAGGAUCUCCCGGAAGAACAUGAGGUGGCUCCAGGAGUGGUUGAGCACACCUUAUUCGGGUGUUGUGUUCGUGCAGCAGAACAUUUGCUAGCCUGUUAGGCCGCUGCCGGACAGGGAGGUGCCAGCGGCGACUGCCUCUAGUGCGGACACACAAAUCUGUUCGGCGGAGGCAGGGACUGCACAUAAGGCUCAAGCAUCUGAACACUCCAUAGAACAGAUUGACCCCAAGACUCCUGGGUGGACGCGAAGGUAUGCAUCUGAAAUUCUGCUCAGCUACCUGUUAUUAUUAGAUGGCAUCUGAAUCUGGGGUUGAAAUUAGUACACACACACACAUAUUUUCUUGUGGUAAUGAGAGUAGUUUCUCAUGCUUGAAGUCUGUCGCAUGAAAAUCUUUGUUGCAAAAUUGAGUUCUGUGCAAUAAUUCUGGAAAUGUAGGAAGGUUAAUGGGAUUGUUAACGUUUAUGAUAGUAUCCAGUUUCCCGGUUGGUAAUUGUUAUCCCCUAUGUGGUAUACAUCAUCUGUUAAUCGUUGGAAUUGUGUGAAAAUUACCCAGUCAUCAAGUAUUUGGGGGCGUUUGCUGAACUUGGAAGACUCUGUUUUCUGUAGUAAAUACUUUUAUGUUCAUUCAGGAUCAGGAUUGGUGCUGCUGCACUAGGCCGUGCCCCAUGUCCUAAUAGAAUGUCAGCAAUGGAGAAACCAGUCUGCGGGUUUGCUGAGGAUCCUGGUGAUCCCCGUGAUUUUGCUUUUGAUUGGCACCAUCUGCUGGUUGGUUAUUUAUUUUCUCAGUGCAAUCUGGGUGCUUGCGGUGGGGCAUAGCAUACAUCUGCGUCAGGUCAGAACUGUCGUUUGCAAACUUAAAAGGUUAAAUGGAUCAUCGAAUAUGGCAUAUCUGACGUGAAACCUAAAUAUUACCAUGCAAUGAGUGUGACGUGACGCUCGUCCCAAUGUCAGUUUCCAUAGUUAUCAUCCUUCUGAUGCUUGUCUGAUCGAAGAUGCUUAUCUGAGUAAGGACAUCAUGCUGCUUGUUGAACAUCCCUAACUCAAUGUUGUCGAGAAAGAAUAUCUGAAAACACAAAUAAAUCUCUCGUCAAUAAAAGCCACAACCCCUGGCGAGAUACAUAACAUGUUAAAGAGACUGACCUGCAAGAACAAAUGACAACCAACUAAAUUAGUGUUUGGGUUGUUGCCAACAUGUCCUUCUUAAGCUGUCGAACUGCCUGGAGGAGGCACUCAAGCACAUACUCGCACCACUUGAAUUGUGAGAUCAUCUCUGUGUUGGCAAGUGCACCCCAGUAGUCUAUGGUAGCAUAAUCAUAUUUCGUUGUUGGCGCCAAAACAUGGCUCGUUACGAAAAUGACGGAUGCAAUCUGGAAACAGUCCAUUUCUUGAAUCUUUAGAAUUCUGCAUACCACUACCAUUUUUCCUCUGAAUAUAGUAUAUACAUUUGGUGAUUCCCUGUAGAUUCUUUGGACAGUAUAAUAAGAAUGUAAAAGUAGCUUAGGCAGACUGUACUUGAUGACCACAAAUAAUCCAAAAAGAGCAACAAGAAUGUAAAAGUUAUGCACUUACAUCGACCAAAAUUUUGCCUCGAAUGCAUUUGGAAGGGGAAUUUUUGUUUUCUACCAUGGACGGGACCAAAGUAAGGCAGUACAAAAGUAAAUAAGUGCUCUGAAAAUUGGUUUUGCUCUUAUGUAACUUCAGUUUGGUAAACUAGAUCAUCCAGUGUGGUAUCUUUUUAGUCCCAGUCCCAGGUCUCGGGUCAUAGUUCAGUAAACUAGAAAUACAGCUUGGGUUAUUUACUUACUGCCAAGUUGAUUUGUAGGGAGUCAGCCCAUUGAUUUCCAAAACCUUGAAUCUUUGAUGUGUAGAUGGUUGGAUGGUUAUUUUGCUUUUCUAUGAAAUAUGGUACUAGCUGGAAUUCAAUGCUUAUUAUUUUCAUUAUAGAAGAGGGGUGACUAAUCCAUAUACUUGCAGUGGUCAGUUAAGUCAGCAGCCUUCAGUUAAUGCGCACUCUUGCGUUGAAACCACUCGUUUAUCUUCUCAUUUUCUUCAUCAAAAUGAAUUCUACUCUGAAACAUAUCAGGCUAUAACUGACGCCAUGGGUGAAGGAAGUAAGGACAGGAAAGAACUUGGGGCUUCAGUAUAUGUUACGUUCCAGUUUAACAUAUACGGUAAUCGCUUUCACGUCAUGAUCGUGCCAACUCCGCGGCACGACUCCAUUGCUCGACUGGUUCGCUUGAAUGAGCUCUUCGGUUCAGGUAAACUGCGGGCUGGAGAGGGCCGCGCACAGCCUGACGGUCCACGCCCAAAUGGUUAAUCAACUGAGCACAGUACUCCACACUCUAUUCGCAAAAAAAAAAGUACUCCACAUUCAAUCUCAUGUAUUCACAUAGCCCCAUCGGAAUAACACAAAUUAAAGAACCGAACCAUGCGUACAAGAAUGAGAUUGGAGUUUAAAUCUCGUUCUUGAUGAGAAAUCUUACAUCUUUAUUUAAAACUAUAAAACUAUACAGAGGCUGGGCAACUCGCUCCCAGGGUGCUCCCUCGAUGGCAAGCUUCGUCGGCCGUUUGAUUUUAGUCAACCCGGUCUUUUUUUCGUUCUUGUCCGUUCGAUGGUCGCUACGUUUUGACUUGUGCGUUUUCACCGGACGGUAGAUCUUGGCCAACGGAUGACCUGUGGGCUCGGGCUGAAUUUCAUUGGCUGGGUGCCAGCUUAUUGGGUGCGCGGGGCAGCCUGUCCUGCCGCGCCGCGUGCAUACGAGGAAGCCCGGGUCGCUGGCGCUGUGCGCUGCUUCUCGCGUUUUGCGCCUGCGCUUGUGCUGUCCUCAUGACGGGUGGGCCAGUGCUGGCCCUGGUCCCACUCAUCAGCUGCGGUGACUACAUGUCUCGUGUAUAGGAUAUUUCCUGUUACCUCGGUCAACUGCUCCUGGCGCGACGCUUCUCACGCGCUGCCCGCGCCGUGCGUCGUGGGGAGUUUACUGCCUCCUGCGUCAGCUAUAGAGGGGUGGGUCGACGCAUGUUCACCCGGAUUGUGCACACGCGUUUGUACUAGUGCGAUGACGUGUGGGCCGCCGCUGCUCUGGUCCCGCUCGUUGGCUGCUACUACUGUGAGGGUGCUUGGAUCCAAGUGACUUAUUUUAGUCUGACUAAAAAUAGUCUCUUAAGAGGCUAAAAUUCCAAGCACCCCUGACUAAAGAGGGGCUAAAACUAGUCUCGAGACUAAAAUGUUUUAGUCAGCGGUACCCCUAUUAAAAUGUGGAUUAGUCCUCUCUCUCCUCAUUUAAUUCCUCUUCUUUAACACAUGCGAGUUUUGGAUUAGAGGGUUUGAAGGAUAAUAAAUGCUCAUUAACUUGAUUUUAGUCUCUUUAGUAUUUGAAUCCAAGCAUGGAUGAGGCUAGCAAGUUUUAGUCUCACUACUUUUAGUCAUGAGACUAAAACAUAUCCAAGCACCCUCUGUGUCUAGUGCGCGUGUACGCCUUUCCUGUGCGCGGUGUUGCGUCUCGUCUGCUUUGGACUUUGGAGAGAGAGGAUGGACUGCAGCUGCCCGAUGCAUGUGCUUGUGGGGCCUGGCUGACCGAUGCAUCGUGCGUGCCUCACCUCCAUCUGCAGUUGGAGAGAGAGAUGGAUUGGUGCCUACGACGCGCUGGUCGACGCGGCGGCCGCCGCAGUCCGCGAGCCCGGGUGCACGGUGGCGCUCACGGACCUCCACCGCUGCCUCGAUGCCUUUAGCGAGUCCUGCGACCAAGCCGAGCGCCUCGUCCAGGCGGCCGCUGCCGGCCUCGGCCCCGCCGCCACCUGCCACGACAAGCUGUGUCGCGCCGUGCGUGCGGUCGACAAGGAUCUCUGGGCCGCCGAGGAGAACGAGAUGGAAGACGAGAAGCAUCGCCCUCCGACCACGCCGCUGGCGGCCGAGGACAAAAAGCCCAAUCGAUCUACCUCUUCUCCUGUUGAGAUGAAUGAAACUGUGACGGGAAAGGACAGAUGGACUGGGAUAUAUUGCCUCGCCGUGCCGCAUGGUGGCCGAGAUGCGGUAGCCCCAUGCUCUGUUCCGAUGGGCCUCCUCUGCUCGAUGUUGCCGCUGGUUGAGUUUGGUACGGUUUCCUGUUGUCGCUUGCGUCGAGCCUUGGGUCCGUCUCUCCUUCUCAUUGAGCCUACUUCUCCUGUUGCUGGCGCUUCUUCUUCUCGCCGGUCCUGCUGCUUACCCAACCUUUUGCUUGCUGCCUCGGGUUGCACGAUCUCUGCUGUAGCUGUGUCGUUCGACUCAUCAAGAUAUACCACGAAGGGAAGAUCUGCCUCACUGUGCACUUCAGGCGCGCGCACACUAGCGAUGGUACAGGAUUGGCUUCAUGGUGGAAUCAGGUGCGCAUCGUCCAUGGUGGCCUGUCGUGGGUGUUGGUGGGCGGCUGGAGGCGGCUGUAGCAGGUUCUAGAAUCGCUAAGGUUGCUCCUUCUCUGUUCCUUUGGUCAAGGUUUGUCCUUGUCAUUCUUUUCUAAGCACUGCACUUUUCUACCCUAUUUGUUUACUGCUUAUUGUCGUGUUAAUUCCUCUGUUCCUGAUUUUUCCAGGUGUCGUGUUUGUGUGUUUGUUUUUGUGGUGCUGCUUAUAUGUGUGACUACCGUAUGAUCGUAUAUAUCUGCUGAAAAGUAAAACAAUUUUUCCUUCGCACGAUACAUAAUUUGUAAUGAGAUGGUAGUACAUCAGUGUAUUUGGUGAAACUCGAGCUUCGACGAAUAUGAAGGUCUUUAUGUUGGCAUACACUCCUUUAUUCCAAAUGGUGCUGAUAUAGAAACACCAUCAGGGAUUUCAUGUGUACCAUGUAUGUCCAUAAAAACAGCAUCGAUAUAUCAGCAUACUAAUGUGCUGAUCUAAAAACGUUUUUUUCUAAGUGACGGUUUCGAGUCGGCAAAAAUACAGUGUAUGUCCAUAAUGUGAUGGCAACUGAGUAGCCAUGUGUACAGGAAAGGCAUCAGUCUAUCAAAAAACACCAGCGAUUUUAUCCUAAUUGUUAAUGAAAUUGUUGUUUAUUGCUUUUACCAAUUGCACCUGCUUACAGAUAUCCUUAAGUUUACUACCUCCUGUCCUUAGAAGCAUCAGUUUGUCCUUAUUUUUUAUAUGCUCUGUUUCAUCUAAAUUGCAUACAUCCAUUUCCAACAAAACUAGGGGAGUCCGUAUAAAUUAGAUAUGUUCCUUUUCUUCUCAACAAGUGUCUAUUAUGAGUACUGCAAUUUAGACAUGAUUAAGAAUGGUACUGGAGUUUGCUUAUCUAUCAUGAUUUUUUUAGUUCUGCUUAGUUGAUGGCCUCACGUAAUGUGCCUCCAUGGAUGGAGCUUUCCCUGUCUACCUUGUUGAAUGUUCUACCAUGGAUGGAGCUUUUGCUGAUACCCUUUCUGAAUAGCUGAUAUUUAUUGUACCUCAUCUUUGCUCCUGGUUGGUGGGGAACCCCUCCUGGUCGAGCCCCUAGCCCCCCACCUUGGCAGCUGCCUGGAGAGGAGGAUAGCCCGAGGACAACUCCCAAUGUGCCGAGGAGAUGGGAACAUGUGAGAUUCUUUGUUUCUUUCUUCCUUCUUUCCUCAUCUUCCCAACCUACAAUUUGUUUUCUAAUUUCUCUACAAGUUUUUCACAGGGUAUUUUAGGCUAUAGCUUGACUUGGCACUAUCGUGAAGUGGGGUAAUUUUCCAUAUUGAUAUGGUUGGUAUGCACAUCCCACUAAGAAGCAAGGCGCAAUAAAAGCUCAUUUUCCAUUUUGCAAAGGUUCCUUUUAGUAACUGACGCGUCCAUGUUGAUGCAGCUACAACUAUGGUAAUGCAGGUUAUACUGCAGGGUCCAUGAUGCCUUUCUAAGUAAUUUUACCGCAUAUAUUGUAGGGUGUUAUGUCGCUUAGCAAACUUUACUCCAGUAUAUGCAACUUUCAGAGUUCUAAUUCGUCUGUGUUAUAACAGAUUUGGUUUGAUUAAUUCAAAUUUCUUAUUCAGGCAUGUAUACACAAAUUGCAGGGUGUAUUAGCGCUUAGGAAACUUGCUUUUAGUAUGCAUUAUUUUCAAGCUUCAAGGCGUAUUAUUAUUCAUUUUAUGUUAGUUGUCUGUACUUGGCCUACAUUUUUGUUUUCAAAUAGUUCUGCCUCUCAAUUUGAUAUUUCUAUUUGCUUUUGCUUAGUAAUAUGAUGUAUUGUUUUCUUGCUCUAGGCCUACUUGUGUUCAAGGUUUAGUUGAUUGUGUUUCUUAAGGGUGUUUUAUUUAAUGGCAUCAACAUUGGCAUUAAUUCCAUUCUGCAUUGUACUGUGAUUUUUCCAAGCAACACCAUUAUGGCAAUUUUUUGCUCCAUUUUAAGUUUCGCUUGGAUCACUAGCCUACUUGUUCUCACCUCAUCAUCAUGGCCUUUCUGAAGGGUGUUCAGGCAUUUUUGUCCUUCUGUAAAUUAGUGGCAUUAAAUUAGUGGUCUUCUAUUCGUGUUGCGAACCCCAAUAUGGCAUCUCACCAUUCCCCAUGAUCCACAUGUUAACUGUGGAGUUAUUUAAUGAUAAUAGGAUAUCAAUUGCCUUUUCUUUAGGAUAAGCCGACACCUAAUAAGGAUCAGGAGAACAACAGAUAUGCUAAGAGACAACCUUUUGGGGUUAAGGAUAUAAACAACAACAGGGCUUAUGAGGCCGAAGAGAGCUCGAGUGGCGUCUUUUGGUUCUUGAAGACCUGCACGUUCCUGGUGGCGUAGAGCAAAAUAAUUUGGAGGCUUUAAGGCUACUGCACUUCAUGUAUUUAGGAUCAAUUCUUUGUUUUAGUUUGAAAUAUUCCCCAUUUCCUCCUAUUUGAUUGAUUCAUCUGAUGGACAUUUUGUCAGGCAAAUAAACAAAAGGCAUAUGUAUUGUUACGAGUGAAGCCAUCCAUACUCCCAUGUGGAAUUCAAGAAAUAGAGAAAUGUUAUUGUU